AACGAGAAAGGUAGUGUUUGAAGAAACAACGCAGGAGAGUGCCAGGGAACCGAGAAGGGUUUGACAGUUGCUGCAGGAGAGUCUUGACUUGGAACCAGAAGAACGUGGAAAGUUAGAGGAGGAGAAAACCCCUACUAGGAUAAGGCAGACAGGAAUCAAGGCUUGGAGUCCAUCUGGGGCCCCGGCCGCCCUGUGAAGGUGGAGGAAGAGCCGGCUCCAGGUGCAGCAAGGGGGCUGGGAAGGAAGGGCUGGCUAAAGCGCCACGUGGAAAUGAGUGCCAAAGAGACUAGGAGAGCGUGGAAGUGAGUCCCAAAGAGACUGAAUUCACGACGUGAAGAGAAAGAGGUCGAGAUAAACGACCCACCAGCGAUCCUUCUUGAAGUCGACACCGAGCAGGGGUGGAGUCGGAUACGCCCCGCGGACACCAUGCACCCAAUCAGCGACGAGCUGUCGCGGAUCGCGGGACACGCCCCCUGAUCCAAAGGCCCGAAAAGCUCUGGCACAGGACAGCCUCUGGAACCCCGCGCCCAUUAGCGCCUGCGCCGUCUCUAGGCCCCGCCCCCUCACCCCUCCGGUCCUGGAUCUCCCACAGCUAACAUGGCGGCGCCCUGUGUGUCCUACGGCGGAGCAGUUUCCUACCGGCUUCUUCUCUGGGGUAGGGGUAGCCUCGCCCGGAAGCAAGGCCUCUGGAAAACCGCGGCCCCUGAGUUGCAAACAAAUGUCAGAUCCCAGAUAUUAAGGCUGAGACAUACUGCAUUUGUAGUACCAAAGAAAAAUAUUCCUACCUCAAAACGUCAAACUUACACAGAGGAUUUUAUUAAAAAGCAGAUUGAAGAGUUCAACAUAGGAAAGAGACAUUUAGCCAACAUGAUGGGAGAAGAUCCAGAAACUUUCACUCAAGAAGAUAUUGAUAGAGCUAUUGCUUACCUUUUCCCAAGUGGUUUGUUUGAGAAACGAGCCAGGCCAAUAAUGAAGCAUCCCGAACAGAUUUUUCCAAGACAAAGAGCAAUCCAGUGGGGAGAAGAUGGCCGUCCAUUUCACUAUCUCUUCUAUACUGGCAAACAGUCAUACUAUUCAUUAAUGCAUGAUGUCUAUGGAAUGUUACUCAAUUUAGAAAAACAUCAAAGUCACUUGCAAGCCAAAGGUCUGCUUCCAAAAAAAACUGUAACCAGAGACCUGAUUGGCAGCAGAUGGCUGAUUAAGGAGGAGCUAGAAGAAAUGUUAGUGGAAAAACUGUCAGAUCAAGAUUAUAUGCAGUUCAUUCGGCUGGUAGAAAAGUUAUUGACAUUGCAGUGUGGUGCUGCUGAGGAAGAAUUUGUGCAGAGGUUUCGAAGAAGUAUAACUCUUGAAUCAAAAAAACAGCUGAUUGAACCUGUACAGUAUGAUGAGCAAGGAAUGGCCUUUAGCAAAAGCGAAGGUAAAAGAAAGACUGCAAAAGCAGAAGCAAUUGUUUAUAAACAUGGAAGUGGAAGAAUAAAAGUAAAUGGAAUUGAUUACCAGCUUUACUUCCCGGUCACACAGGACAGGGAACAGCUGAUGUUCCCUUUCCACUUUGUUGACCGGCUGGGAAAGCACGACGUGACCUGCACAGUCUCAGGGGGCGGGAGGUCGGCGCAGGCUGGAGCAAUACGAUUGGCAAUGGCAAAAGCCUUGUGCAGCUUUAUCACCGAGGAUGAGAUCGAGUGGAUGAGACAAGCUGGACUACUUACUACUGAUCCACGUUUGAGGGAACGGAAGAAGCCAGGCCAAGAGGGAGCCCGUAGAAAGUUUACGUGGAAGAAGCGCUAAGGGUUUGCUCCCAGGAAAGAAGAGGAAGAGCUAUAUAUAUGUGCCGGCACGUGGCAGACACACAGUAAAUAAUGGCUGACCAGCAUGAGGGCAGUACUGUCAGAAAUUUCUUUGAGCUGUGAGAUGGAUUUAUUUUUAAAUGCUACUUUGUAAAGGUGACCUUUAAAAAAUAAAAGGAAAAUAAAGAA